CGCGUGGGGCCCGGCCCGGAGCGCGCGCGGCGGGAGGGAGCGCGCCGGGCGCAGGAGCGCGCCCCUGGCCUGGCCUCGGCGCCCCCCGCGCGCCCAGCCGGCGGCCCCGACCCGACCCGAGGAGGCAGGUGCCUUUCUAGAAGAUGACCAUAGAGGACCUUCCAGAUUUUCCAUUAGAAGGACAGUCUUUGAUUGGAAGAUACCCUUUUUUAUUUCCAGGAUCAGAAACACCAGUUAUCUUUUCCAUUUCUGCAGCGCCAAUGCCUUCGGACUGUGAGUUUUCUUUCUUUGAUCCAAAUGAUACAUCAUGCCAGGAAAUUCUCUUUGACCCCCAGACUUCUGUAUCAGAAUUAUUUGCCAUUUUAAGGCAGUGGGUCCCACAGGUCCAGCAAAACAUCGACAUCAUUGGAAAUGAGAUCCUGAAGAGAGGCUGCAAUGUGAACGACAGAGACGGAUUGACAGACAUGACUCUCUUACACUACACCUGCAAGUCGGGGGCCCACGGGAUCGGUGAUGUGGACACCGCGGUAAAGUUUGCCACUCAGCUGAUUGAGCUGGGCGCAGACGUCAGUUUGCGGAGCCGCUGGACCAAUAUGAAUGCUUUGCACUACGCCGCUUACUUUGAUGUUCCUGAGCUUAUCAGAGUGAUUUUGAAGACAUCGAAACCCAAAGAUGUGGAUGCCACUUGCAGCGACUUUAAUUUUGGAACAGCACUGCAUAUUGCUGCAUCUAAUUUGUGUGCAGGAACUGUGAAAUGCUUAUUGGAGCAUGGGGCAAACCCUGCAUUUCGGAACGACAAAGGGCAGAUCCCUGCUGAUGUGGUCCCCGACCCCGUGGAGAUGCCCUUGGAGAUGGCCGAUGCUGCCGCCACCGCCAAGGAAAUCAGGCAGAUGCUGUGUGACGCCGCACCCCUGGCCUGGGACCUCUCGAGACUCACGCUGCCCGGCUGUGACCGCGGCCCCAGCAAGGCCAUGCUCACGUCCCUCGGCCUCAAGCUGGGGGAUCGAGUGGUAAUCGCAGGACAGAAGGUUGGAACAUUAAGAUUUUGUGGAACAACUGAAUUUGCAAGUGGACAGUGGGCUGGCGUUGAGUUGGAUGAACCUGAAGGAAAAAACAAUGGAAGUGUUGGGAAAGUCCAGUACUUCAAAUGUGCCCCCAAAUAUGGCAUUUUUGCACCCCUGUCAAAGAUCAGUAAAGCCAAAGACAGAAGGAAGAGCACGCUGCACGCAUCCUCCACCAAAGCGGUGCCUCUCCUCAGGUCCCAGAAGGUGGAUGUGGCCCACGUGACGUCCAAGGUCAACACCGGAUUAGUGACAUCAAAGAAGGAUAGCGCUGCCUCGGAAUCCACACUUCCAUUGCCUCCUGGUGAAGAAUCGAAAACUAUAACCGAGAAAGAUGCCACCCUGCUUGGAUCCCUCAGCAGCUCCUCAUCCCUGUCUUCUCUGGACCACAGACAGAGCCACCCCAAGAAACCGAACGCAAGUGGCAAUGACAAGAAGACAAUGAGCAAAAGCCCUUCCACUUCUUCUAGAGCCAGUGCUGGUUUGAAUUCCUCAGCAACAUCUAUAGCAAGUACCGCCCGCAGCGGGGACCUGCACCUGGGAGAUAGAGUGUUGGUGGUAGGCCAGAGAGUCGGGACCAUUAAGUUCUUCGGAACAACAAACUUUGCUCCAGGUUAUUGGUAUGGUAUAGAGCUCGAAAAACCCCAUGGCAAGAAUGACGGCUCAGUUGGAGGUGUGCAGUAUUUUAGUUGUUCUCCAAGAUAUGGAAUAUUUGCUCCCCCAUCCAGGGUGCAAAGAAUCACAGAUUCCCUGGACACACUUUCAGAAAUUUCUUCGAGUAAACAGAAUCAUUCUUAUCCUGGUUUUAGGAGAAGUUUCAGUACGACAUCUGCUUCUUCCCAAAAAGAGAUUAACAGAAGAAAUGCUUUUGCCAAAUCCAAACCCGCCCUGCGGCGCAGCUGGAGCAGCGCCCCGACGGCGGCGGCGGCGGGCGGCGUCGAGGGGGGCGUCAAGCUGCACGAGGGCUCCCAGGUGCUGCUCACCAGCUCCAACGAGAUGGGGACCGUUAGGUACGUGGGCCCCACCGACUUCGCGUCCGGGAUCUGGCUGGGGCUCGAGCUGCGGAGCGCCAAGGGGAAGAACGACGGCGCGGUGGGGGACAAGCGCUACUUCUCCUGCAAGCCCUACCACGGCGUCCUGGUGCGGCCCAGCAGAGUCACCUACCGCGGCAUCAACGGCGCCAAGCUCGUGGACGAGCACUGCUGAGGGGGGCGCGCUUUCUCUCACCAGGGUUUCGAUUUCCAAAGGGUCGCUGUGUCCUCAGAGCCCCUCUACUCAGAGGGGUCGCUGUGUCCUCAGAGCCCCUCUACUCAGAGGGGUCGCUGUGUCCUCAGAGCCGCUCUCUUCAGAGGGGUCGCUGUGUCCUCAGAGCCCCUUUCUUCAGAGGGGUCGCUGGGUCCUCAGAGCCACUCUCUUCAGAGGGGUCGCUGUGUCCUCAGAGCCUCUCUCUUCAGAGGGGUCGCUGUGUCCUCAGAGCCCCUCUCUUCAGAGGGGUCGCUGGGUCCUCAGAGCCCCUCUCUUCAGAGGGGUCGCUGUGUCCUCAGAGCCUCUCUCUUCAGAGGGGUCGCUGGGUCCUCAGAGCCACUCUCUUCAGAGGGGUCGCUGUGUCCUCAGAGCCCCUCUCUUCAGAGGGGUCGCUGUGUCCUCAGAGCCCCUCUCUUCAGAGGGGUCUCUGGGUCCUCAGAGCCUCUCUCUUCAGAGGGGUCGCUGUGUCCUCAGAGCCCCUCUCUUCAGAGGGGUCGCUGUGUCCUCAGAGCCGCUCUCUUCAGAGAGACUCCCUUAAGUAUCUCUAGGGUGCGCACCCAUCGUGGGCGACGUCACGGUUCUCCAGGACAGUUUCCAGAUCAGCUCUUCCAAGUGCUAAGACUUCUGGAGACUUCUGGAAACCGUGCGGUGGGGUGACGUAGCUUGCUGGGUUUCCUCUGGGCACACAGCCGCGCGCUCUCGCGAUGCCCUCACUGGGCAGGUUUCCCCCCUGCAGCCUUGCUUCACGUAUGAUUAUUUGCCUGACCUUUUUCCUGUGAAGAAUUUUUGGAGUUCUGUUUCUUUCUGUACUGGGAAGUGCAAUCUGAGAAUGUAUUUUUCUUAUGUUUUGGUAAGAGUGUGUUUGCCCUUUCAGGGAAUGCCUCCCUGGAGACGUUGAGCUGUGGAGUUAGUUUGUUGCCUUUGUGGCAACAACCUCUUGCCUUCCAACACCUAACACAGUUCUUCCCUAACCCAGCCACUAGCAAUAUGGUUAACAAGCCGAGACUAGAGCGUGGGUCUCCCGACCCUGCGCUGCUUCCUUGCUCUACAUAAAGUGUGGGGCUUGGUGCCUGCCUCAUGUGCAUGGCAGGAAGGAGCCCAUGAUUAUUAGGCUCGUACAUUCAAGGACAAUGAGAAUUCCUUGCACAUACUUAUUUGACUUCCUGAUUGGACACUCUAAACACACACACACACACACACACACACACACACACACACACAGCACUUUUUCAAACAUGUUGCACUUUCAUCUUUGUGGAGAAAUCGGCUGCCCUUUCCUCCUGGGAUAUGGAAAGCAUUAUAAAAUUGUAUUUAAGAGAAAAGAACAAAUUAAAUAUGUUAGAAAGUGUGUAGUAGUUAUUCAUUUGCAACAUUUAUGAUUUCUCGAGUCUGUAAUUCAUAAGCUGGUGUGUGUUUGCUGUCACUGCUGUUGUUAUAUUUAUGAUGGUUAUGAAUUCAGCCUGUUAAAAAGCUACAGAACUGUAUUAUGUUUUUAUUUUCCUUUUGGAGCACAUAUGAACAAACUAAGCUUCAGAGCAGAGUGAUAUAACAAUGCAGAGCAUUUGUACUGGGGAUGUACAUCGAAGUUUAUGGCCCCUAAGUGUAAAGAUUUAUCUUUUAUUAUGGAUAUUUAGACUUUAAACUCCCACAAAAAUAUUGAACAGUUUGCUUUAUAAGAUUAAAAGUAUCCUUCAGGAUGGAGCUUGCUUUGUGCUUAGAAAUAAUAUGUUGAACUAUUUUGCAAUAUACUAUUUAAAAUCUAAAUUCUGUUGCUUUGCUGCCUUUUUUAAAAGAUAUGGUAUUUCAAACACUGUUGAAACUAUUUUAUUGAAACACAUUUUCAAAAGAAGGCUGCUUUAUAAUCAAGGAAUAUUUUUAUUGAUUGAAGAAAAUAACUGUACUGCAGUUUGAAAGUAAACUUAUUUUUAUUAUACAUCUUCUUUAAAAAACUAUGCCUUAAUAUAAAAUCCAUGACAACACUUCUUCCAUAAUCCUGCUUGUUAAAUAUAAAAUGUCUGUAUCAGGACAGUAUUGCUAAAACUGAAUUUAUCUCGAGGACAAAGGACCAAAAGUUCUCACAGUUUGGAUCAGGAGGAGUAAAUCCAUAGGCUGUGUGUGUACACCUAUACCUAGAGAUUAGGUCUUCAUUUGUGAUUUGCUUGUGAAAUGUCAUUCAGAGUUUACAUCUUGAGCAAUAAUAAAAAGGGGAGCUUGCUUGGA